AUGAUCGCCGGGUUCAGCUGUCGCACUGUCAGGCUGACGAGUAUCGGCCGGCGCCACUGCACAACAAAUCGCAUCACAGCCGCCGUUUCCAGUGCCACCACCACUGCCGCCACAGGCAGACCAGCUUCUCAGUCACCAAUCAUCGCCGCUAGCUUCAACAGCUGGCAGUCACGGUCCCAGGCCAGAUUCUACAGCAGCAGCAGCAGCAGCCCGCCCAAGAAAAAGGUCGCCGAGCUGAACAAACUUGAAGCCAAGAUGUCUGCCGGAAAGGACUACUACCUCACGCUGUCAUGCCCCGACAAGCCGGGUAUCGUGCACGCUGUGACGGGCCUGCUGGCAAGCCAGAAGCUCAACAUCCUGGACCUGCAGCAGUUCUCGGACCGCACGUCGGAGCGCUUCUUCAUGCGCGUGCACUUUGGCCACGCUGAGUCGACGGCGGCCCUGGACGCGCCCUUGGCCGAGCUUUCCAAAGAGCUGCAGAUGGACUAUGACGUGCGGGCGACGAGCUCCAAGCCGCGCGUGCUCAUCAUGGUCUCCAAGAUUGGCCACUGCCUCAACGACCUGCUGUUCCGCACCAAGGCCAACCAGCUCGGUAUCGAGGUUCCGAUCAUUGUUUCCAACCACCCAGACUACCGGCCCCUGGCCGAGAGCUACGGCAUUGAGUUCCACCACCUGCCCGUGAACAAGGACACCAAGCUGGAGCAGGAGCGCCAGAUCCUCGACCUGAUCAAGAAGCACGACAUUGAGCUCGUCGUCCUGGCCCGAUACAUGCAGGUCCUGUCGCCCGGUCUGUGCGAGGCCAUGAGCGGCAAGAUCAUCAACAUUCACCACAGCUUCUUGCCCUCCUUCAAGGGCGCCAAGCCCUACCACCAGGCUUUUGACCGCGGUGUCAAGAUCAUUGGUGCUACCGCUCACUUUGUCACCGCCGAUCUGGACGAGGGCCCCAUCAUUGAGCAGCGUGUCGCCCGCGUCGACCACAGCUUGAGCCCCAAGGAGCUGGUCGAGGAGGGCAGCAACGUUGAGAGUCAGGUCCUGGCCGCCGCUGUCAAGUGGUGGAGCGAGAAGAAGGUGUUCCUCAACGGCCACAAGACUGUUGUCUUUAACUAG